AUGGCGGAAGAUAUCCCAAAUGAAAAAAGCUCAAAAAAUUUAUCAAUACUAAAAGUUUUACUUGAAUAUCACCUCUUUGAGAAGAAAAUGUUACAAAAAAACACACCUUGAAAACUGUUUCACCCACUACCAACAAAACAAGACAGUCUCGCAAUCGAAAUUAAAAAAAAUAUUUCAGCUUUUGUGAACUCUAGCAUAGAAGAAACUUCUAAGCUUAUUAAAGAUCUCUACAAAAAUCUUGACAGCGCUAUUAAAAGUAUCUCAAAUAUUGAAAAAGAUUGGGAUGAAUUUUUGGAUACCCAAAAUAAAAAUAUCCCAGCUCCUGAAGUUAAACUUUCAGGAGUUAAAUUAAAUUAAGAGUCUUAAGGUCUUUUAGAUUUGAUGCUCCUCAUACACUUGCGACACCGGACCAUUGCUUGCUAGUGGUAGCAUCGAUUAUCCGAGCCCAUCAACAACAGCAGUCUUUACCCAGAACUAAUAGCUUAAUUGCGUUCUUGGGAUUCGACAAGUUAGGUAGACUCCUCGUGUGUGCGUCUUGCAGGUGUUAUGUAGGCAAAGGUUAGUCCGAUGCCUCCUCUAGACUGCCUUGAGGAAGGGCGAGUACCCAGAAAAAAAACCCACGGUCCUCGGGAACCGAUAGGGAAAGAACCCGUGGCCCAGAAACCAAGCAAAUAAUCAAUAACUGGACUGGAAUGGCCACAAGCUGACACCCAGGUCACUCACUCCAUAUAGCCGUCAGGAGUUAUAGGAAUUACUACAAAAGAAAAAGAAAAAGCUUCCCAAAGUGAAAUAAAAUGCAAAGAAAUAAUUUCGGAAAUCCAAGCUCUGAAAUGCCCUCCUUCUUUGAAAAUACCGCCAUAUGCUGCUAGAUAUAGGUAUGAAGAAAUUGAUCAUGAUUUUUCCAAUCAAAAGAAAGCUGAAAAUAAGCACGCAGAUUCCUUAAAAACUGAUGUUUUAAUUAGUGGCUUAAAUAAAGAGAUAAGAAAAGAAGAUCUUCUUUAUUUCUUUAGAGAUUCACAUCCAGGAAAGGUCAAGAUGCCCAUAUCAAGAAGAGGUAAGAAUAAAGGUUAUGCUAUUAUUACUUUUCCUACAUUAGAAGAUGCCAGAAAUGCAUCGAGAUUGAGCUCUCAAAGCUUUAUGGGCAGCAUAAUAUCUGUUGAAUUAAUAUCUAAUGAAAAUCUGGCACAAAAACCCCCCAAAACUUAUACCAUUCAUGUUCAAAAUUUUAAUUUUCAUACAUCUGAUGAAUCAAUCUCUAGAUUUUUUAGGAGGAAUGGGGUAUGUGUGGAGUGUAUAAGAAUCCCACAUUUUCCUAGCGGACAGAAUAAAGGAUUUGGAUUUGUGGUUUUGCUCACUAAAAGUGAUUUUAAGCGUGCUUUGAAAUUAGAUGGUCUUGAACUUGAAGGAAGAGAACUUAGAAUUGAAGUUGCUUGCUAA